UCGCGGUGUGUGUGUGUGAGUGUGUGUGAGUGUGAGGCAGCUGGCGGUGAGUGAUGGCAGCGUGUGUGUGAGUGUGUGUGUGUGUUCGCGGCGUGUGUGUGUGUGAGUGUGAGUGUGAGGCAGCUGGCGGUGAGUGGUGGCAGCGUGUGAGUGUGUGUUCGCGGCGUGUGUGUUUCAUCUUGGAUGCAUGCUUUCCGUGUGUCUGGGUGUGAGUCCGUGCCCCUGGCAGCCACGCCGGGCCGGGCCGGGCCGAGCCGAGCCGGGCCGGGCCGGGCUGACGCGGGGGCUCUCCGGGUCACACACGUGUCGGGGCUGGGACCGGAGCCCGGGGGCCGCUCGCGGGGCCGCCCCAGCUGCUCCGGGCACCAUCCCCGCAGCGCUCCCCCCGGAUGGCGGCUAAUGACAGCUUCAGUCUGGCGUAUCUGGGCAACCCCCAGCCCGGGGACCUGAUCGAGAUUUUCCGGCCGGCUUAUCAGCACUGGGCUCUGUAUCUGGGGGAUGGGUACAUCAUCAAUGUGGCGCCUGUCGAGGAAGGGGCCGCGUCGUCGCUGGCGAGUGCCAAGUCUGUGUUCAGUAGGAAGGCCCUGGUGAAGAUGCAGCUCCUGAAGGACGUGGUGGGGAGCGACACGUACAGAAUCAACAACAAGUACGACGACGCCUACACCCCGCUGCCCGUGGAGGAGAUCAUCCGGCGCUCGGAGUUCCUCAUCGGCCAGGAGGUGUCCUACGACCUCCUCGGCAACAACUGCGAGCACUUUGUGACGCUGCUGCGCUAUGGGGAGGGGGUCUCCGAGCAGGUAGGGGUGCCGUGGGCAUGCAGCUGCGUUGAGUAUGGGGCAGACAGGCUGCUGUCUCCUGCACGGGGCGCGCUACUCCCCUCUCCUCCCGAGUGUCCCGCAGGAUCUGCACCGUGUCCACACGGCACCAGCUUGACCAGCCCUGCAGCAAGCUCUGUGCAAAGAGGCCAUCACCUAGGGCUUUUCUCCUCAGUUUGCAGCAAGGUCCUCCCUCCGAGGGGAAGGGCUGGUGGGGUGGGACGCAGGGCAUGCUGCAAACUCCGAGCUGCUGAGCCUUGCCUGGCUUGGCCGGCUGCUCUGCCUUGAUUGCAGGACUUGCCCAGCCGCACAGCUUGCUAAGGAGUCCCACUUCCUCUGGCUGAACCCCCCCUGUUUGCAGCGAGUGAGGCUCCUCUCUGCUCAAAGCUGCAUUAUCCCAGGGGUAGCAGCUGCUCUCCAGCUGUGAUCCCAGCAUGCCCUUGUCCAGCAGCAUGCCCUUGUCCAUCCACCUUGUCCAGGGGGCUGCGGGGGUGGCUUCCACAAGUUCCCAAAGCGAGGGGGGACGUUUUCUCAGUGUGGAGCUCACGCAGAAUUUGGUCCUUUCUCCCUGAUGCAGAGAAACCCGCGUGGACUUGGGCGAGUUUUGUUAACUGCAGGUUUUGUCAAGAACAAACCUGGUAUAUGGAAGUCCCAGCAAUUUAAACCUGUUGUGGUGAAUUCUGGGUGUGUUUUGUUGGGGGAGAUUUAAACCCCGUGGCCUCUACUGGCUUUGCAUUGGGGACACUGCUCUCGUGCUGUGCAGAGAAACCCCUGCACACUCAACUAAAAAUGUGCUUCUUAAACCCGUCCUGCCUCUGGCCACAAGGGCGAGCGAUAUGCCGCCUGACCACGACCCCCACUGACUUCAGUGGGCUUUGGAUCAGGCCCAGGACGAGAAGCUGAGGACCAGAUUCUGAUAACCAGGAAGUCAAUGGAAUUCACUCCAGAUUCACAGUGGCAUAACUGAGAGCAGUGUUUGACCCCAUGUACUGUCUGUGGACUGAGUGCAGAGCAGACAUUGCUUUGCUCAAAGGUGAGUGACCUCCUGGCAUGAGUCCUGGGCCUGAUUCUGAUCUCACGCUUGCAUAAAUCAGUAGUUACUUGGAAGUCCCUGAAUUCCACAGGCAGGAAGCCAGUGUACUGUGAGAUCAGCAUUCGGCCGGCUCUGCUCUGUCUCGUGCAUGCAUCUCUUGUAUCCACUGUGUUCAUCACGAGAGAUUGUUCAAGUGUGAAAAACCCAACGUUCGUGAUGUCGUCAGGCAGUUUUGUGUUUCCUUUGCAGGCUAACAGAGCAAUCAGUGCCAUUGGGUUUGUAACAGCUGCUGCGGGUGCCGUCUCAUUGUUGGGCUUUUUCCAGAACAAAUCCAGGGAGCAGC